AUAUAGCUUAGAAUUUUUGAUGAAAAAUUAUUAAAAUAUAUAUUGUAUGUAUUUAUGUUAGUUACAAACUGUACGAGAUAAAUCUAGAUUUGAUUGAGAUUAAUAAUUCAAUUUCCAUUCUAUUACCAAUAUCCGUUCUAAUACGAUUCGACGCAAUAAUUUGUAACAAGAAAAUUAUAGAAUAACUCACUAAAUUUUUUUUCUUUUUUUUUUCUAGAAUCAUAUUCUUUGAUUAUAUCCGAUUUUCCCACAAUUUUAAUCAUAAUUUUUUUUUAUUAUUCUUAAUAUCCUCCAACAUUAAAUAUCUUAAUUAUAACUAAUUAUUUUUGAAUUUCUGUUUAAAAAGAGAGCAAAUAGUAAAGUUAAAGCGCACGUACUAAAUAAAGUCAGAUUUUGUUAUUUAUAUAUUUUUAUCACUUUUUAAUUCACGGAGAAGUCUAUCGCUUUUAGCGUGGUACAUAUAUAUAAAUUUAUCAGAAAUCGACAAUUUCUUAUACAAUUAAUGUGUUCACCAAGAUAAGUAUCGAUAAACGUGCUGCCGGUAUGUAGUACAACCAGCGCAAUCAGCUAGUAGAUUCUAAAAUAGUCACGUGGUCGGUCGCGUCUGUUUACACGUGCGCGUGACACUACCGCAAGUGCCGCAUGUGAUGUGACUAAGAUUUACUCCGUUAAAUUAUUAUGAUAAGAUUUUAAUUUGUUUCAAUAUAAAACAGCUUAUAAUGUAAACGCGCAUGUUUAUCUGCUAGAAUAUUAAAGAAAAACAGUAUUCGGAGUUAGCAACGAGAUGUCAGUAAAAAAAAUGACUAAGCAUGCGAGGUUAUAUGAGAAUGCAUAACGCGUAUGAGAAGAGUGUGAAACGAGGCAGUGUGCCUUGUUUACGUACAGAACUGAAUCUUGCUCUCACGUUGCACGGUGGCCAGAGUUUCAGGUGGACAGCUUGCGACUCUGGGUACAGAGGUAUCUUUAACGGAUGCAUUUGGACUUUGUCCCAGAAUAAAACCCAUCUUUUAUACACUGUGCAAGGACAUUUAAAAGAUUCUGUAAACUAUGAUAACAUUCUGUCCGAGUAUUUUAGGCUGUCAGUAUCAUUACGGGAACAUUAUAAAGAAUGGGCAGAAGCAGAUGCACAUUUUCAAAGGUGUUUAAAUGAAAAUAAUGCUGUCCGAAUACUGAAGCAAGACAUUGUAGAGAAUUUGUUCUCAUUUAUCUGUAGCUCUAAUAAUAAUAUAUCAAGGAUAUCAAAUAUGGUUGAAAAAUUGUGUUCAUUAUUUGGCCGUAAGAUAUGUUCGAUUGAAGACAGAGAAUAUUAUGAUUUUCCAACGAUAGAAGUUUUGAAGGAAAAAAAUGUAGAAAGUAUAUUAAAAAGAGAAAAAUUCGGCUAUCGUGCUGCAUAUAUAGUUAAUGCGGCAGAACGUUUAUCAGCAUUGGGUGGAAAGGACUGGCUCCUAAAUCUACAAAGGGAGAAUGUUUCUUAUCGCGCUGCCAGAGAACAAUUGAUGACUCUGCCAGGAAUUGGUCCUAAAGUUGCCGAUUGCAUAUGUUUAAUGUCACUAGAUCAUUUAGAUGCUAUACCUGUUGAUACUCAUAUUUUUCAAAUAGCACAGGCAAAUUAUUUACCGCAUUUAAAGAAGCAAAAAACAGUUACACCGAAAAUUCAUACUGAAGUAAGCAAUUAUUUACGAGAAUUGUGGGGCCCAUUAGCUGGAUGGGCACAAGCUAUUGUAUUUUCUACAAAAAUCAAUAUUAAAUCUAAAUCAAUUGAAAAGCAAAAACGCAAAAACAGCGAUAAUAAAAAUUUGCAAGCAAAAACAUUUAAAGUGAUAUGAUCAUUAUGAAAUUGUCAUGUUUAUUUUAACAAAUAAUUAGGUUAUGCAAAACAAUUUUAUCUAAUAAAUCUGUAAAAAAAAAA